AUGGAUUUGGGGAGUCGUCGCAGCUCGAGCCUGCCGGCCAUUAUGGCACAGACGCAGACUGAUCAGCCGCCCCAUUUGGGGCAGGCUAAAGGUGACGAGAGCGCUCUGAAGAGAUCCAAGGACGCUAAGGGAGCACCGAGACCGACCACUUUCGUCAAACCCGCGAAAAAGUUCAGCGAGGUGGCCAGAGACAGCCUCGCAAUGGCACUUAUCGACGAGCUCAACGACGAUGGGCGCCUUCUGAUGGAGAAAUGGGAGGAGGUCGAGACCCAGUUGGCGGAGAUGGUAACCGACAAAUUACUGUCCGAGCCAACGGGCCAGUCACCCUCCUUUGACUCCUCGGACAUGGUUAGGGGGCACCGGGUAAUCAGGUGCGACGAUGAGUUUUCGCGGGACUUCCUGGCGGAUUGCGUUGCCAGACUAAGCAAAGCAUGGAAGGGGAUUAGCAUAAAGCUAGUCCCCGCCAAGGACAUCCCAAGGAGACCUAGAGCUUGCAUCUGGUUGCCCAAGGGGCUGUCUAGCCAUGAAAGGGUGCUCAAGACUCUGCGAGCGAUGAAUAAGGGAGUCGACAUGGAGGACUGGGCCAUUCUCAGAGCUGAGCGAGAAAUGAAGCCCAGCCAGCCAUACCUGUUCCUAAUUAACCAGCGCUGCCUAGAACAGCUGAAGGCAGCAGACAACAAGGUCCGUUACGGCAUCAGGAAAGCCAAGGUGAAGGUCUUCCUAGACGAACCGGACGACAUUCUGGAAGAUGAAGUCGAGGACGCCAAUAAGCUGCUGAACGGUUUGGCGAUCGACGACAGCACCCCCAACACCACCCCGAUCUAA